GAGCCCCCCCCGGGCCCCACCGCGGCCGAGCUGCUGCUGCGCCUCCAGGGGGCGCUGCGCCUCCCGCCCGCCGCCGGCCGCGCGCUCGCGCUCUGGAUGGGCUCGCGCCUGCUCGAGGUGCAGCUGAAGCCGCGGCACCGGCCCCUGGGGCUGUUCCGGCGCUGGCCUGAGCUGCUGCUGCGCUUCAGCCUGGGCUCCCCCGGGGAGAUCCAGAGGGACGAGCCCUGCCUGCAGCUGCGCAGGAACGUCUUCUUCCCCAAGAGCAAGGAGCUGGAGCUGGAGGAGGAGGAGGUGCUGCGGCUGCUGUACGAGGAGGCGCGGGGGCAGCUGCUGGGGGGGCGCUACCCCGGACCCCCCGAGGGGAUGGAGCUGGGGGCCCUGGUCUGUCGCCUGCGCCUGGGCCCCUUCCGGCCCGGCCACCACUCGCCCCACGGCCUGCGGCCGCUGCUGGGGGAGCUGCUGCCGCCGGCCCCGGGCCGGGGGGGGCUGUGGGGCGCCCUACGGCGGCGGGGCCCCCCCCCCGAAGAGGGGCUGCUCCAGGCCUUCGCCCGCGCCCCCGGCCCCCAGGCCCCCCCCGCGGAGCUCUACCGGGCCUUCCUGCGCCGCUGCCACCGCCUGCCCUACUACGGGUGCGCCUUCUUCCCGGGGGCCAUUGACCGCCCCUCCGGGGGGCUGCUGGGCCGGGGGGGGCUACGGCCCGUCAGCGUCGCCGUGGGGCUGGAGGGCGUCACCAUCAUCGACCCCCGGGAGAAGCACGUCCUGUUGACGCUGACCUACCCCGAGCUGUGUUGGGAGCUGGUGGGCGCCGUGGGGCAGGAGGGGGAUGCCAUGGGGCAGGAGGGGGAUGCCGUGGGGCAGGAGGGGGAGGGCACGGAGCCCCCCCAGCUGUGGCUGGAGUUCGACGGCGACCAUGAGGGUGCCCCCGUCAACCGCCUGCUGCGGAUCUUCUCCCCCCAGGCCGAGCUGAUGAGCGCCCUCAUCGAGUGCUGCAUCGAGCUGGGGGGGGCGGAGCCGCCGCCGGCCCCGCCCCCGGAACAGGCCCCGCCCCCGGACACGCCCCCCGCGCAGGGCGCCCCCUUGCGGCGGCGGGAGAGCGUCACCCGGCCCCGCCUCCAGCGGCUGGCGACCAUCGACUACGUGCGGGAGGGUGAGGAGCUGCGGCGGGUGAAGCCCCCCCGGCGCUCGGCGUCCUUCUUCGGACGGGGGGGGGGCAGCUCCCACGGCCCCGGGGCGGGGGGGGCCGGGGCAGAGCAGGGCUGAGACCCUUCCCGCCCCCCCCUCCCAGUAUGGACUGGGGGCACUGGGAGCCCCCCCAGGACAGACUGGGGGCACUGGGAGCUCCCCCCCAGUAUGGACUGGGGGCACUGGGAGCCCCCCCACUAUGGACUGGGAGCCCCCCCAGCACGGACUGGGGGCACUGGGAGCCCCCCCCCGGGACUGGGGGCACUGGGAGCCGCCCCAGGACAGACUGGGGGCACUGGGAGCCGCCCCCCACGGGACUGGGGGCACUGGGAGCCCCCCCCUCCAAUAAACUCCAGGGACACGGA